ACAUCUCAAGUUUGUAUCGCUCUUCAAAAUGACCACCGUAAUCAGGGUCCAAAACCAGGAGACUGAGAGUGGCAGACAUACAAUACAAGAUGAUAAACCUCCCUCACUGGGAUGCUUUGGCUGGUUCAUUAUCUUUAUCGCCAUCAUUAUCACUAUAGGGUUGUUUCCUGUUACCAUGUUUAUGUGCAUCAAGAUUGUAAAGGAGUAUGAAAGGGCUGUGAUCUUUCGAUUAGGUCGUAUUGUGGACAAGAAACCAAAAGGACCUGGAAUUUUCUUUGUGCUGCCAUGUACUGAUACAUUCAGGAAGGUGGACUUGAGAACGGUGACAUUUGAUAUUCCUGCUCAAGAGUUCCUGACAAAGGACUCCGUGACCGUAAGUGUGGAUGGUGUGGUGUACUUCCGUGUCUUUGACCCGAUCUGUUCCGUGGCCAACGUUUCCAAUGCAGACCAUGCAACACGGCUGUUGGCACAGACCACCCUACGAAAUGUCCUGGGCACAAAGAGCCUGUCAGAGCUGCUGUCUGAUAGAGAGGGCAUCUCAUACAACAUGCAGACUGCCUUGGAUGAGGCCACUAGUGUGUGGGGCAUUAAAGUGGAGCGAGUGGAGAUAAAGGAUGUCAAACUACCCAUCCAGCUUCAGAGAGCCAUGGCUGCAGAAGCUGAAGCAGCUCGAGAAGCCCGUGCAAAGGUGAUUGCAGCUGAGGGUGAGAUGAAUGCCUCGCGGGCACUGAAGGAAGCGUCUCUAGUGAUCUCUGAGUCACCAUCAGCUCUGCAGCUGCGAUACCUCCAGACUCUAAGUGCCAUAGCAGCAGAAAGAAACUCCACCAUCAUCUUCCCCGUGCCUAUUGAUAUCAUUCAGCAUUUUACAUCAAAAAAGAAUGAAUGAUUUACAGAUUUAUAUGUUUCUAGUCUUUUUAAAAAGCAGUAAUGUGAUGAUUUUUUUCGCUCUCUGUGAAAUAGAAUUCAGUGAGAAAUAAUGCAGCCUUUGAAGGAAUAGUUCACCCAAAAAUGAAAAUAUGCUGAAAAUUCACUCAUCCUCAGGCCAUCCAAGAUGAGUUAGCAUCCUCUGUUGUGAAUGGGCACCAUCAGAAUGAGUCAAAACAGCUGAUAACAACAUCACAGUAACACUUUAGUUAAUAAAGUGUGACCAAAAUCACAAUAAUCCACACAACUCCGGUCCAUCAAUUAACAUCCAAGGUGUUUUAACAUAGAGUGAUAGAUUUCUCCAAAUCUGUUCCGAUGAAGAAACAAAUUCAUCGACAUCUUGGAUGGCCUCACGCAGGGCUGUCGCUGGGGUAUUUAUGGAGUAAAUUUUCAGCACAUUUUCAUUUGAGUGAACUUUUUAUUUAAUAACUGGAGAGUGAAAAGGCUUCUGAGGUAUUAAUUAAUGUAUUAUAUUAGUAAUCUCUAUCUCUAUAUCUCUUUAUCAAUAAUACAUUAGUUAAUAUUAUUUUUCUAGACUCUUGAAAACAGUCUUCCCUCAAAAGUUGUUCUUCUUUUUAAAUGAGUUAAAAGUCAGAUAUAAGUAACAGUAUGCUUUUACAUUGUCUUUUAAUAUUAAACCUAAAGUGCAAUAAAGUGCAACAUAAUCAUCAAAA